AUGUCGGACGUGUGUCUGUACUCGCCGGCGACGAUCGAACGCGCGAGAUCGGCGCUGCCGCGAACGGCGAGCACGUGGCGAGGGACGGUGAGCGUGGCGGUGUUGGCGGAUUUGAAAACGCCCGGCGACGCGCUCGACUUGAGCGCGAUGGCGAGCGAGUUGGAGGGAGACGCGGGACGAAUCGCGAUCACGAUGGUGGAGGCGCUACCGGAGUACGAGAAUAGAUUUCCAGUGAACUUUUUGCGCAACUUGGCGCGGGAGAAGUGCGUCGCGGAGCUCGGAGCGAAGUACGUGUUGGCACACGACGUCGAUUUCGAAGUCUUUGUUGCGCCCGACGAGGACGCGUUUUUGAACGACGUGCGAAACGUUUUGGGGAAGCGGAGCGGCGAAAAGGUACGCCGCGCGCUGGUCGUGCCGGCGUUUCAACUUCAUGCGGUGUGGUCACAACGAGUGAACGCGAAGAGAGAUGCGAUUCUGAACGCGCGGCGGGUGCAAAGACAAACAAAGUCUCGCCGCAACGAAGGCAAAGACGACGACGAGUCCAUCGACGCCGUCGUGGACAGUAUCGCAACCAAGGGUGAUGUACGACGACUAAAUCCGAUGUCUCUAUACGAGACGCUCGUUGAAAGAGACCGAACUCGAACGGUCGACUCAAAAGCGACCGCAAUAAAUCUGACGCUUCCGUAUUCCACGCGCGAGCGCCUCGAUCGCCUCGUUCGCGAGCGUCGACUUGCGAACGGUUUCCAAAUCAAUUACUUUCCGAUCGCGCACGCGCCGACAAACUACACGGCAUGGUUUGAGAACACCACCACUGGUGCGGACUCAACGUAUCGCGUCGCGACUCCGAAGCAUCCGUGGUACUACGAGCCUUACGUCAUCGUUCGCGCAGAUCUUGCGUUGCCUUUCGAUGAGUCUUUCGUGCAGUACGGCUUCAACAAGAUUUCAUUCGUUCACGAACUCGCCGCGGCGGGAUUCGACUUCCACGUUACGAAGAACGCUCACACUGUCCAUACGAACACACACCCGACGCGUGCAAUGGCAAACAUGCAAGGACAAGACUUGGCGCGUUGUCGCGCGCACCCUGCAGCGUCGAACGAUUUUAGAAUCGCUCGAGUCGGGCACUCAUGCAUUCCAGCUUUUUUACGCCGAAUGGAGUGCGCGUACGGUUUUACCUUGGAUGACUUAGAAUUCGGUGGCGUAUCGAAUGCGCCGCCGCCCGAUGAUUUGCUUUUUCGCCUACAGUCGGAUGAUAACAUCGUCUGCUUUGGGGGAUGCAUCACGGAUUUAGAAGAUGCGCCGCGCACGCCGGCUACCGUCACCGUGCGAGGCGGACGAUUCGUCGGCGUGACGCAAGGCUCAGACGCUCGUCGGCGUAAACGGGGCCCUUGUGAGCGCUUUGACGUAGCUUUACAGUAG